AAAGGCCAAAAAUACAGAGUUUCUCUCUGGAUCACAUUGUCUCUCUCUUCUUCGUCGUCUUCUUCUUUCCUCAUGGAUUCUUCAAGAACUCGAAUUGUAUCCAGACGAUCCGAGCCGGUCAAGUUUCCGGCGAAGACAAACAUUUCAUCCCGGCGAUCUUUAUCUUCUUCUUCUUCUUCUUCCUUCUCAUCAUUCUCUUCUUGCUCCUCAAGUUCCCUCGUGUUUCCCGGAGAUUCUCCUCUGAACUCUCCGGCGACUCCUCUCCGUCUCCUCGGCGUCCCUUUCUCCUGGGAACAGCUUCCCGGAAAACCCAAAGACUACUCUCAUAAACUCAACCACCGUCGAAAUACGGAAUCUUCAGCUAUACUGCCCCUCCCUCCUCACCGGAAUAUCAACUUUCCGGCCACCGGAAAAAACACUGCCCGUAAAAAGAACAGCUUGAGCUUCCCCGUGACCGAGAAAGAUCCCUUCGCGGCGGCGUUACGGGAAUGUUCCAAAGACGACGACGAGGAUGAAGACGAUUGUGAUCAAGAAGACGAAGAUCGGAGAUCCGGUGGAUCAAGCAAGGCGUUGUCAAAGAGUAGCAUCGGAGAUAGGUUCGGGUUAGUGAAUCUGUACGGUUCUUGUCGGAGAACUUGUGCAGUUUCAGAGUCAAUUGUUUAUCUUCCGAGGUCAGGUAAAGCUGCUUCAUACGAUCAUCUGCUUCUUCCACGUCGUCGCCGUUAAAUUUUCUUAUUUUGUGAUUUACUAUAUAUUUUUUUUCUUCGUUUUUGUUAUAUAUUUUCCGUAUAAUUUUCUUGAAAUGUGAUAUAUUAUGGGUUAUGGGCUUGUGUUUUUUUCCCCUUUUAGAUCGUAACACGAAUGUAAAAUUCCCAGAUUUUAUCUACUUGUACGUUGUAACCAUAAAUCCAUAUAAACAUAUUG